GCACCGACAAGGAGACGGUGUACGAGUGGUUCGGGCUGGUGCUGGGCUCGGCGCAGCGCCUGGAGUUCAUGGUGGGGCUGCUGGACCUGUGCAACCCGCUGGAGCUGCGAUUCCUGGGCUCCUGCCUGGAGGACCUGGCCCGCAAGGACUACCACUGCCUCCGCGACUCGGAGGCCAAGGCCAACGGGCUCAGCGACCCCGGGCAGCUCGGCGACUUCCGCGACCCCGCCGUGCGCUCCAAGCUCAUCGUCUACCUGGCCCUGCUGGGCUCCGAGAACCGCGAGGCCGCCGGCCGCCUGCACCGCCUCCCCCCCCCCCCCCCCCCCCCCCCCCCCCCCCCCCCCCCCCCCCCCCCCCCCCCCCCCCCCCCCCCCCCCCCCCCCCCCCCCCCCCCCCCCCCGGCCGAGGAGGAGGAAGAGGAGGAGGAGGAGGAGGGGGACGUGGUGGUGGUGAUGGACGGCGCCGCGGAGAACGGGCAGGCCGAGCUCCCGGCCGCCCAGGGCCUGGGCUGCGGCGCGCAGGAGGAGCUGCUGCUGCUCUUCACCAUGGCCUCGCUGCACCCGGCCUUCUCCUUCCACCAGCGGGUCACCCUGCGGGAGCACCUGGAGCGGCUGCGGAGGGCCCUGUGCGGGGACCAGGAGGAGGAGGAGGAGGGCUUCGGCCGCCACCCAGCCCAGAAUGACUUUUCCCGUGGUGACUGCAUGUCAAGUAAUGAGACCAGUUUGCUAGAACGAGCCACAGCACCUCGUGAUGGACUCCCGAUGGCUUCCCAUAGGCCUCAGCGAGAGGCUGUACACAUUGAGAAGAUAACCCUGAAAGACGUAUCAAGAAAAAGGGCUGACAAACAUUUGGAGUACACAUUCAAAGUAACCUGGUCUGAUUUUUCAGUAACGUGUGUAACAAAAACACAUCAGGAGCUUCAGGAAUUCCUGCUAAAACUCCCAAAGGAACUGUCUUCUGAAGCAUUUGACAAGACUAUUUUAAGAGCACUAAAUCAGGGUUUUCAGAAGAGGGAAGAACGAAGGCAUGCUGAUCUUGAGCCCAUAAUCAGGCAGCUAUUUUCAAAUACAUCACAAGCUUUUCUGCAGAAUCAGAGAGUAUACAACUUCUUCCAAUCAAUUUCAUCAGAAUCUUUGCACACUCACAGUAACUUACAACCCUCUUUGAAGACGGUUAAGACAGCAGAACACUUCAAGGAGGACAGUUCAGAAGCUUCAAGUCAGGAGGAAGAUGUAAUGCAACACACAGCAGUUCACAAGAAACAUAAUGGAAAAAGUCCUGUUGCCAACAGCACUAGCAGUGCAAAAUGUUCUUCACUGGAUAGCCUUAACAUACAGCACUCAGAACAGAAUGGGGUAAUGGACUGGAGAAGGAAAAGCUGUAUUGUCCAGCAGCACCCAGAGCACUGUACUAACCUACUUGACCAGCACACAGUGGAAAAACGAAGUCUGUCUACAGUAAGCAAGAAGAAAGGAAAGCCACAGCUGGAAAAGGAGAAAGCAAAGAAAACUGACUGCAGGUUGACUAACAGGAGCAAUGGAGUUCGAGUUGCAGCAUCACAGCACAUCCGUACUGGGACAGCAAAAGAUCUGAAUUUGGAUGCUGGAUCUGGUCAUGAUACGUGUGGAGAAACAUCAUCUGAAAGUUACAGCUCUCCUUCUAGUCCACAACAUGAUGGACGGGAAAGCUUUGAUAGUGAAGAAGAAAAAGACAGAGAUACAGACAGCAAUUCUGAGGACUCUGGGAAUCAAAAUACAACCAGGUUUUCAGGCUACAGUGCUGUCAGUUCAUCAAAUAUGAGCAAAUCAUCUGCUCAGAUCUCUUCAGUGAAUAAUGAAAAUGGGAGCCUUUCAGAAGAUCCUUUGAAUGCAAAGUUUCAGCAUAUUUCCUUCAUGCCUGCCUUACACUGUGUGAUGCACAGCGCUGCCCAGAAACCUGAAGCAGUUGUCCCACCACCCAUAUCUGCAGAUGGUAAAACCAUGGGAAUGCUGGUUAGCACACCUGUCGCUGUCUCGCCAGUGAGAGAGUCUGCAAAUUCCCCUCCUGCGGGAAUGGGCCCAGUGACCUCUGGUGAACCUGAGAAACGCCUUGAGCUCAUGGCUUCCCCUUUGCCAGUCCCAUCCUCCUUCCUUCCACAUUCUGUCCAGCCUGGUAGCCCUGCUUUGCAUUUGGCGAUACAUAGGUUGAAAAUCCCCUCUCCACAGGGAUCAUCAGAAAGUUGCACAGUUAAUGGACCACAGCAGCCAACAGGAAACUUAAGUAUUGGAUCACCAAAUACUGCCUUUAUCCCAGUCCACAAUCCAGGUAGUUUCCCAGGAUCCCCAGUUCCUACUACAGAUCCCAUCACAAAACCUGCAUCCCAGGUGGUAGGACUGAAUCAAAUGGUGCCUCACAUUGAGGGAAACCCAGGAGCAAUCCCUCAGCCUACCAAUCUCAAGGUAGUUCUUCCAGCCGCUGGUCUCUCCACAGCAGCACCGCCACCUCCACCAGCUUCGUACGCUUUGCCAGGCAGCCCUCACGCUACCAGUGUGUUGCCCAACCAGAAUACAAACGUGCUGAGCACUGGAGCGACUUCCUCACCGCCUCAGUCCGCUGGCCUCGGCGUUGGUCAGGUCCAGUCCACUGUUCCUCCUGCAAUCCCGACACACACGCCAGGCCCUGCCCCCAGCCCGAGCCCUGCUCUGACACACAGCACUGCACAGAGUGACAGCACAUCCUACAUAAAUGCUGUUGGGAAUAAUAACACUAACGGGACAAUGUUACCUCCACAGCAGCUGGGAUCUGGCCCUUGCGGUUCUUGUGGACGUAGGUGUAGCUGUGGGACCAAUGGCAGCCUUCAGAUUAAUAGCUAUUUUUAUCAUAACCCACUUCAUGGACAAGUCUACAGAGUUCCAUCUUUCUUCACUCUGCCAUCACUCUGCAAUGGCAGCUACCUCAAUCAAGCACAUCAAAGCAAUGGAACACAACUUCCGUUCUUCCUGCCUCAGUCUCCGUAUGCAAACGGGCUUAUGCAUGACCCAGUGAUGGGAAGCCAAGCCAACUAUGGUAUGCAGCAGAUGGCAGGAUUUGGGAGGUUCUAUCCUGUAUAUCCAGCACCUAACGUAGUUGCCAACACAAAUGGGUCAGGACCCAAGAAGAAUGGGAACGUUUCAUGUUACAAUUGUGGUGUAAGUGGACACUAUGCACAGGACUGUAAGCAGUCAUCCAUGGAGGCCAGUCAACAAGGCACUUACAGACUGAGAUACGCACCUCCCCCUCCCCCUUCCAAUGAUACCUUGGAUUCUGCAGACUGAAACAAGUAAACAUUGCCUACUUAAACUGAAGCUUGGGAAACUGGGGGAAGGUGUGUGUGGGAGGGGGAGGUUGGUCUUGUGUUUUGGGACAUUCCCGGUUUUAUAUUCUUUUGGAGUUUUCAAUUGCUUUUGCACCUCUGUUCCGUACAAAAGAAGAAAGCUGAGUCCCUGGUCUCCUCCUGGUUCUACAAGAGGCUUGCGUAAUGCAUGUAAUUCACACACAGCCAAACAAUCAGACAGAGCAUUCGAACCAUGCUUUUGCACUGAAGACUUGAGACAUGUGCAAUGUUUACUGCAGUUUAAAAAAAAAUUCCUCUGACCUCUGACAUCACUGGUGGAGCAGUCAUAUGGUGAAAGAAGAAACUUGGUCAUGUUCCCCACCCCACAAUCUUCUUCCCUCCCUCCCUGUUCUCCUUAUGCUGCUGUUUUCUUUUCUUUUCUUGGUUGUCCACGUGGAUUCGUUGGAUUUGCAUGAGUGUUUAGCAGUUCAUACAGACCCUGCCCGUACUCAAAAUUUAAUGCUCAUGAAUUGAGGGGAGAUGUUCAAACAUCCCAUUAGCAGAGUCCAAAGGAAAACACGAUACUGUAUGUGUACUAUACCUGAUAAUAAUACAGAUACGCAGCUCUCGAGAGGCCCAAACAAAUGAAAAUACAUAGAGCAGGAAGGGGCUGAAACUAUGUGGACUGGAGCAGAUUUAGAAAAAUGAACGAGCUUAAAUUGACAGAUUUUUCUUCCCUUGUAGCUUCUUAGCCUGUAUGUUCAGCAACAAAGGUGAAAAAAAUGGUAUGAAUGUUGUACUCAGUGUGUUUGCAUUUGUAAUGAAAGUUGACAGCAUUCUUUCCUUUUUUAAAGCUAUUCUACAUCGUGUCAACACAGAAUGAACAUUACUUGAUUGAAUAUUUUUUCCUAAACUAUUACAGUGUUGCAUUGUACUUAGAAUGUAAAUGUUUUAUUUCAAACUGAACAAAAAGCUAUGGUUUUCUACGAAAUAGUCAGGUAUUAGUAUUAGAACCUGUCUACCAAAUAGAAAAGUCACUAUUUUAUAACAAUUUACCACUAUGCGUAAUUACGGUAUAAUGUGAAAGACUGAAAUGAGUGUUAAGAUGGUAUUAAACAUGUCAGUAUCAUGAGUAAGUAAGUUUAAUGCUGCUGUAUUUUUUAUUUUAUUUUUAAAAGCCAAUAUAUGUACUAAAUUGCUUCCAGGUAAUAUUUGAUUUCCUAAAGUGCACUGAGGUUAUCUGGAAGACGAGUGUGUUUUUUGACUGCUGCAUUCAACACCGAUGAACAACUACCACUGUAUAUCCAUAGGGUUUGGCAUUCCUCACAGUUCAUGGCAGAAAUGUUUUUUUUUCUUAAAAUCAGACCCAGUGUCCGGUAGAGGGAUGAAAUAAAAAUCAGUCUUUGGUUCAGCCGUCUAAUAAAUUGCUAAACAAACAAAAAACUUGAAGAAAAAAAAAAAAGCUUGAUUACUACAUUUCUUCAUAGAUAGCAUUUAUAUUUAUAGCACCAGUGUACAUUUUGAAACUUUUUUCUUGGAGGGGGGGGAAGGGGAGGGAGGUAGA